AUGGAGAUUGACUACAACAGGGUCAUGCAAUGGCAGAAAUGGCGCACAUCGCCAAUAGAUACUCUGCUUAACACAGCUGAAGCAAUGAAGGAAGAAGAAAAAUUUGCCUUGGAGUGGGUCGGCACGAAAGAUGUAUAUGAAGCACUGCGUAUUGAGACAAUUCGACGAGUUGGAUCAAAGGACGAAUAUGGCAGAGAAAUUGAUAAAGCCAAUAAGGCCGAAAAGUCUGAUGACAAUGAAGAUGAAGACAAUGAAGAAGACGAAGAUGAAGAUACUGAUGAUGCAGAUGCGGAUGAUGAAAAUGAUGAUGAUGAUGACGAUGAUGACACAGGGAAUGAUGAUGACAAUCACAAUGGGGGUGACCCGAACUAUGACAGUGAGUCCCCUCUCUUGGUCGGCCCGGACUAUAAUGAAGCAGUACCCGAAAGAUCUUCAUCACACAACUCAACCUCCCGAAGUGAUGACAAAAGGGUAGCAUCACUCCAGGCUGAAGAAGUUUCCAAUACACAUCUUGAAGACUUGUCUCGUGCUAUCGUCCCCCAUGUUCAACCUAUGGACGAAACUCCCAUCAAAAGAGAAGAUGCAACCCUUCGUGAGGCAAACUAG